CCAACAAUUCAUCUUUCUUCAUAUUUUGUUACCAUGAAAUCCAUCUCUAGUUCUUCUUCCAUAGCUGUUCCUAAAUUUCGUUGCUUUGAUCCUUCUAAUGGUCAUCCUGUUUCCAAUUCUAAUUACCAUUACCUCAACUCUUCCUCUGUUAUGAAUUCCAAUUCAAAUUCUAAGAAUACCACCGCUUCAGGAGAAUCCAUGGAAUCCUCCUCCAAAUCAGAACGCAAGAUCGUCACCGGUGAAUUCGGAUACAUACUCGAAGAUGUUCCCCACUUUACUGAUUACAUCCCUAAUCUCCCUACCUAUCCCAAUCCAUUGCAAGACAAUCCUGCAUACUCUGUUGUUAAGCAAUAUUUCGUUAACGCGGAUGAUACAGUCACACAGAAGAUUGUUGUUCACAAGAAUAGUCCAAGAGGAACACAUUUUCGACGUGCUGGACCACGUCAAAAGGUGUAUUUUGAGUCGGAUGAAGUGCGUGCCUGUAUCGUAACAUGUGGUGGUCUUUGCCCUGGGCUUAACACAGUCAUUAGGGAAAUAGUGUGUGGCCUUCACCACAUGUACGGUGUGAACAAAGUGCUUGGGAUAGAGGGAGGAUACAGGGGUUUUUAUUCUCGAAAUACUGUUACUUUAACACCCAAAGUUGUCAAUGACAUUCAUAAACGUGGUGGCACCAUCCUUGGUACAUCACGAGGAGGACAUGAUACCGCAAAGAUAGUGGACAGCAUUCAGGACCGUGGCAUCAAUCAGGUGUAUAUAAUUGGAGGAGAUGGGACUCAAAAAGGGGCAUUCUUAAUUUUUCAGGAAAUUAAAAGGCGUGGUCUCAAGGUUGCAGUUGCAGGAAUCCCUAAAACAAUUGAUAAUGAUAUUUCGGUUAUUGACAAGUCCUUUGGGUUUGACACUGCGGUUGAAGAAGCUCAGCGUGCCAUUAAUGCAGCACAUGUUGAAUCUGAAAGUAUUGAGAAUGGUGUUGGUGUGGUGAAGUUGAUGGGUCGCAAUAGUGGGUUCAUUGCAAUGUAUGCCACUCUUGCCAGCCGAGAUGUAGACUGUUGCUUGAUACCGGAGUCACCAUUUUAUCUUGAUGGACCUGGUGGGCUUUUUGAAUUCAUGGAGAAACGGCUUAAAGAACAUGGGCACAUGGUUAUUGUUAUAGCUGAGGGCGCUGGACAGGAUCUUGUUUCUGAAAGCAUGAAAUCCGAGCAGCAGGAUGCCUCAGGAAACAAGCUACUGCAAGAUGUCGGUCUGUGGAUAUCCGAGCAGAUCAAGGAUCAUUUCAAAAAAAGAAGUAAGCUGUCCAUCAAUCUCAAAUAUAUAGAUCCUACGUACAUGAUCCGUGCGGUUCCAAGCAUUGCAUCCGACAACGUCUACUGCACACUGCUUGCUCAAAGUGCUGUCCAUGGUGCAAUGGCAGGGUACACAGGCUUUAUAGUUGGACCUGUCAAUGGAAGACAUGCUUACAUACCCUUCUAUCGUGUGACGGAGAUGCAGAACAAGGUUGUGAUAACUGACAGGAUGUGGGCAAGACUGUUGUCAUCAACAAAUCAACCAAGCUUCUUGCGUGAUAAAGAUGUCCAGGAAGCCAAGAAAGAGGAAGAACCACCUACACAAGUGUUGGAUGGAGAAAACUCUGUGGCGAAUGGCAAUGGCACGUUAGAUAGGACAGUGAGUCAUCUGAAGGACUGACGACUAUUAUCCGUUUUUUGAGGGGCUGCUUUUGUUUUUGCAGGAAGCAUCAGAAGUCAUCUCAACCCACCUAUUGAUUUUGGUGGAAGUGAGUGUCUAAUCUUGCUUAUUUACAGUGAGAGAUCGAUCCUUUGUGCUUGUCUCCACAGGUUGUAUUAAUUGAGUUAUAAUUAUUUUUCCUC